AUUUUUUUAUUUAAUAAUAAAAUGUUUAUAAUUUUUUUGUUAUUAUUAACACUUUCAUGUCGAGGCAAUUUAGUUAAUUCUUGUCCCAUUUAUUUGACAAUCGCUUCGAAUGGUAAAACGCUUCAGGAAUCGAAUUUAGAAUUGAAUUGGCCUCCAGAUUGCUAUACUCGUCCAGAAUGGAUUGGUUUUUAUAGCGAUAAUCCAGCGAUUAGCUUCACUCAGCCGUUGCUGCGAAUUGAAAAUGUGAGUGAUACUACCUUUAAAAUGCCGAUAAAACAAAAAUUGGGUAAAUUACGUUUUCCCGGCGGUUGGAAUCGUAAUGACUUUAAUAUACUGGCAACCGAAUAUUCAAAAGGCAAAUGUUUAAAUUAUUAUGUAGCCAGUUUUAAUGGCAACGAAUUGUUGGCCGUCGAAUGUUUAAAAAUCUAUCCGAAUUGGUUGACAAAACUGCCGAAUAUUAGGAAAUUGCCUCUUAAGGAUUUAUUCAUACCAGGAACGCAUGCCUCUGGCGCUUAUAUAACUGACUACAUUAAAACUAAAUCGUUUUUCAUUAAAGACUACGCAGCAUCGCAGUAUUUUGAUGUCUGGUCUCAACUAGUAUUCGGUAUACGUUAUUUGGACUUAAGUAUUGGCUAUAAAACGCAAGAUAAUGCAGAUUUAAAAAAUGCGGAUCACUUCUGGAUUGUCAACGAAAAUAUGUUUAUCAAUCAGUUGCGUUACAUACUUAAGGAUAUACGAAGAUUUGUUAACAUAUCCGGUGAAGUGGUUAUAAUUGAUUUUAGCUCAUUUCCUGUUGGUUUCUACAAGCAUCCCGAAAGACAUAGUGAACUAUUAAAUAUGCUUAAAAGUGAAUUGGGCUCUCUGGCUUAUCAGCGCAAUACUUCUAUGGUAAAGGCAUGUUUCGAACUGACCGUAGAACAAAUUAAAAAGUCACAGAAAUCUCUUAUCAUAUUAUAUCCACUGGAGGAAUUAUCGCAAUCAGAAGCUGAAUCAUCGAUAUUAUGCCCGCCAUGGAAGCGUUUCUCAACUGACGUUAUGAACAAUUCCCAAACUUUGGAUUAUAUGCGUUUAUUGUUUAGCAAAAAAAGAUCAUCACCAGUACAAGAUGAAGGUUGGAUAUUUAAUGCGAUAAAAGGUUUAGAGAAGUCAUUGAACAGUGAAAAAUUGUUAACAUCUAAAGAGCGUGCGUCUCGUAUUAAUAUCAAAGUAGCGAAUUGGCUAAAGGGUCCGUGGGGCUCCACUGCCAACGUGGUGACGAUGGAUUACUUCAGUAACACGAAUCUCAUUGAUAUGGCAAUUUAUUCGAAUUUACAAAAGGCUUUCAUGAGAACCAAUAGAAAUUUAUUAAAUUUCGAAAUAAUAAAUAAAUAAAUAUAACACGCAUAG